UGCUUCGACGAUGGCAACGAAUUCUGUAUCGAUGAAAACGACAUAAUGUCCGUUGAUCUUCUGCCUGGAUCAUUCUUAUUCCCAGAUCAGCAAGCAACGAAAAAUACAUCAAUAGUUUCUGAUACUAAAACAGCGGAUGGCUCUGCCAGCGAUGCGUUAAAUAACAUGGAGUAUCACAGGAAAAAGAUGAAUGAAUAUUUGUGUCAUGGUUACAUGGCCGAGGAAAUCAUGAAAUUGAUGAGCACACCUCGAGUUAAAAGGCGGCUCGGCAUCACGGAAAAUAAUGAAUUGCGUGACUUGGUGGACGUCGAUAAUGUUACUGUUCAUGACAAAAUGUUGGCGGAUGAAGGAAGUGUGAAAUAUAAACAGUGGUUACAACGAAGGACGACAUUGGACGACGUGUACCGACAUUAUGCUCCUAGUAAGAAGAUGAACAAAAUGCAAGGACCUAGGGAUGAUAAUAUUGAUGAAUUCGAUGGUGAAGUUACGGGAUACGCGAUGCCGGCGCCGAUACCAUCUGGCAAAGUAGGUUUCCACGAAGAGCAAGGCGAUGAAAAUGAUCACAUGCUGUCGUCCUCUUCAGGACACAAUGUCUAUUAUGGUCACUCUUAUGGUCACGGAGGUGAUCAUUUCAUACCUCACACCGAUACUUUUCCGGCCAUACACGAGGAACACUAUUACCCAGCACCGUACUAUCACGAACACGAAGAAGAGUAUCAUAAACCCCAUUAUUAUAAAGGAAAAGGAAGUGAACUUUCGGUGAAAGACUUCUUUGAAAUUGCACUUACGGCUCUGGCGUUUUUAGCCUUUGGUUUAUUCAUUAUACAGUUGCUGAUGAAUGCUACGAACACUAUGAACGCAACCGCUGCUACAAUGGUGAAUACUGGUAAACGUUCGAAGAGGAAUAUCGCUGGCUUACCUCUAUCUUAUGCCAGCAACGAAGAAUUAAAUGAGCUGUCCUACAAUGUUCUGAGGUCUAUUGAAGGUGCCCUCGUCGCCGACAUGGAUUCUGGUAAUUGUCUUCGCAGAAUUCUAUGCGAAAACAAUCGACAUUCUACGCAAACCAUAGACGCGCGUAAAAUUUGGGUUCCCGUUUGGAGUUUAGGAAUGAGUUGGAUAUCCAGCAGGGUAUUAAAAGGAUCUCCAUGGUCGGCAAUGUUGGAUUCUGUAAAAGCUUCUAUCCUGGGUCUCGGUGGAGCCGACUGUGCAACCCUAUAUCCUAACUGCGAAAUCAAAAAAGAGAGGAUCAAAAGAAUCCGAAGACGCCGAAAAUAA